UAUGGACGCCGUAUGAUCAGAUUUUGGGUCAGCUGCCGGCGUUUUGUAGGGCUGGUGAGUACAUGUGGACUGCACGGUGUCCAUUGAUCCAUAUGAACAUCGUUGAGCAUCACGCACCCGACCGUGUAUUACGACAGUUUGGGCAUGUACAGAACAUACCUGCGGCUACACGUUGGAAGCACACCCACUACACCAGGGACGAGCAUUCAAUCUACAGUGCGGCAUGGCGGGAACGUAUGCACUAGGAAGUCGAUGCAUGGAACGCGAGGAUGACGACUCUAGCGGCGGUCGGACAUGACACUCCGGUCCAUGAGUACAUGACGUGGUACAUGCAUAUCACUCGCUCCUUGAUUGCCAACCCCUCGACGCCGCGUCCUGAUUGCCGAGGAUAUGCAUCACUCUCAGGAGCGUAUGAGGCGCUGCUACGGAUGACUCUGAUGAUACACUAUGAGAGCAUUCCCCUUACGGAGUCCACCGACCCCGGGAUAGCGGCAUAUGCAGCACGGAUAGUUCAUCUUACCGACACUGGUAUGACACGGGCACAGGAGUGGCAUUGUGUAAAUGAGGAUGUACCAGAGGGUGUUCCUGAGGGUGGUAGGGCUGAUAGAGGUGGUCGGGCUAAUAGAGGUGGUCGGGCAAGCAGAGGUGAUCUGGCUAGCAGAGGUGGUCGGGCUGGCAGAGGUCUAGUAGAUGAGCCUGACGAUAUAGCCCGUCAGGCUCCGUCAGCUACAGAUAUCCCGUCGACUUCUUCUUCCAGGCCGUCGACAUCACAGAGACCUGGAUAUACGCCAGAGAUAGUCCCAUAUUAUGAUCCUUGGUCAUCAUUUUCACAGGUGCCAGUUAGUGAUCUACAUAUGGGAGGCGGAGAUGAGGACAUAGACUUGGAUAUUAUUUUCGAUGACUACUUUCUUCAUCCUACAGCCAGGCCUAUGACACUAUCUGCAUCUCCGGCUCCGCGGGCCGCUCAGGAGCCCUCUCACAUGCCAUCUCAGGAGCCCGUCGAUACACAUGUUUUUUUUUUUUUACAAUAAAUAAUGUAUUAAUUAAUUAUUUUAUUAAUCUAAACUAAAUUAUUUAAAUGUAUUAUAGGUUCAUUCUUCUGCGCCUGUGGACCCGUCUCCGCCUGUUCAGAUUGACCGGUCUCCACCUCUAGCUACAGCUCCGGGUAGCGCUCAGGAGACCGUUGAGGAGCCAGCUAAGGAGCCCUCUGACCAGCCAUAUCAGGAGGCCGUCGACACACAGUUUUGUUUUUUUUUACAAAGAAAUAAUUUAUUAAAUAAUUGUUUAUAUGUUAUUUCAUGUUUAGUUUAUGAUAAAUCUAAACUAAAUUGUUUAUAUGUUAUUUUAGGUUCAUUCUUCUGCUCCU